CAGACAGGAUCACACAUAUUUCACAUAUUGAGCUGUCAUUGCCAAGAAACAUGGCAGAGAACAACGGGACUGAGGCUGCUGCAGUGACAGAGAGCUAUAAUGACUACUACAGCUAUGAAGCAGAUCCUGCUGGAGGCCCAUGCAACAAUGGCAACACGAAGGCCUUCAGUGAGGUUUUUCUUCCCACCCUGUACAGCAUAGUUUUCAUUGUUGGCUUCAUUGGAAACGGCCUGGUAGUGUGGGUGCUGAUCAGAUACCGUCAGAAAUCCAACAUGACAGACGUGUGCCUCUUCAACCUAGCCCUAUCUGACCUGCUCUUUCUUGUGUCACUCCCUUUUUGGGCUCACAGCGCCAUAGAUGAGUGGAUUUUCGGCAAAUUCAUGUGUCACACCAUUACAGGUUUCUUCAUGAUCGGCCUCUAUGGCAGCAUCUUCUUCAUGGUCCUAAUGACAUUGGAUCGCUAUGUCGUCAUCGUCCAUGCCCACAGUCUCUUUUCCAGAAAUCGCUCUGCAAAAAUGGGUUUGAUUCUGGCCUCAUUUGUAUGGAUGCUCAGUCUGUUCGCAUCCCUACCACAUAUUAUUUUUGCCAAAGAGAAAAUUCAUCCAGGCAGCAAAGCAUCCUGUGCAACCGAUUUUCCUGUAGGGUCUGCCUGGAUGUCAUUUACUUACCUUCAGAUGAACCUCCUGAGCUUGAUUUUUCCCAUGAUUAUCAUGAGCUUUUGCUAUUCUCGGAUCAUCCCCACUCUGCUCAGCAUAAAAUCACAAAAAAGACACAAAGUCAUCAGACUCAUCCUGGCUGUGGUGGCAGUUUAUUUCCUCUUCUGGACUCCAUACAACAUUGUUAUGUUUCUCAUGUACCUGCAGAGGAAACAAUACUUUAAGUCUUGCGACUGGCAUGCUAAUUUUAGCCUUGCCAUGCAGUGGGUGGAAACUAUCGCCUUAAGCCACUGUUGCCUCAACCCAAUUAUCUACGCCUUUGCUGGACAGAAGUUCAGAAGAGCGGUCCUCAAAGUCCUAAAAGAUCAGUUUCCAUUUUGCUUCAGCCAUUGCACACAUUUGUCUCGACAGUUAUCUGAACGCAGAAGCUCAGUCUUCUCCAGAUCUUCGGAGUAUUCCUCGACACAAAUUGCAUAGAGCAAACUUGUUCCUCAUUUUGAGUUGUUUUCAUUCAGAGUAGCUUAUAUUUUUACCAUCCUUAAGUUCCCCUUUUUAUUGAAUGUAUCGAGUUUAUCUUGAAAGUUGUCUUUGUUCUGUUUUUUUGACACUUUGUUUAACAAUAUGUUAAGUAUGAGAUUGCAGAACUUGACGCUGUUGCUAACACUGUAAAAAUGAAUAUGCUUUAUCUAAUCAAUAAAAUUGUGGCAACAGGUUACAAGCAAUAUUAUUUAUUAAA